GGCCACUUUUCAGAAAACAACAUGGCGGGCUCAUUUAAGAAGUACAUUUUGAAUAAAUUGGGUCUGCUGCGAUCGCUCUCUACAGACCAGCGUAACGGCGGUCCCAGCGUACAGCGCAACAACGCCUCCAACAAUGCAUCCGCCCACAAUGCCGUCCAGGACCCGCCGCCGCCGUCGCAGCAGCCCGCCGAGGCCAGUCCCGACCAAUCGGAGCGCUCGGAGCGCCGCGACGCCCCGCCCCGCGCCGCCGAGCGCCCUCUGUCGCCGGCCCGGCGCACUGCAGCCCUCCGGUCGCCACGCCAGGCGCCGCGCCGCCUCUUCCAGCGUCCGGCGGCCCUCGACCACAGCCGCGUCAGCCCGGCGCCCUGGAGGCCCGCGUCGUCGCCGGGCCGCGACCUGGCGCACCUGAAGGCCGUGCGCAGCCGCCGGCUGAUGAAGGAGUACCGCGAGAUCACGCGCAGCGUGGCGCGCCAGCAGGAGCCGGCCUUUACCGUGGAGCUGGUCAACGACUGCCUCUACGAGUGGAACAUCCACCUGUUCAACAUCGACCGCACCAGCGACCUGUGGCGGGACAUGCGCGAGCUGCGCAUCCGCGGCAUCCAGCUGAACAUGGUGUUCCCGGAGAACUUUCCGUUCUCGCCGCCGUUCCUGCGGCUGCUCUCGCCGCGGAUCGAGCGCGGCUUCGUGAUGGAGGGCGGCGCCAUCUGCAUGGAGCUGCUGACGCCGCGCGGCUGGGCCUCCGCCUACACCAUCGAGGCCAUCAUCAUGCAGCUGGCGGCCAGCCUCGUCAAGGGACAGGGCCGCGUCGACCGACGGGGCAAGAAGCCGAAACAGUUCAGCAGACGCUCGGCAGAGAGCUCCUUCAAGAGCAUCGUCAAGACGCACGAAAAGUACGGCUGGGUGACGCCGCCGCUGACCGACGGCUGAGGGGGGUGGCCGCGCCCACAGCCCGCCGCGCCCCGCCUCCUGCUCGUGCACGUGGCCCGCGAGCUCAACGGGGCCACCGUGUUCAACGGGAGCACGCGCCGCUGGCAACUGAAACCACACCGCUGUCUAUUCAGAGCUUAGGGGAGGGCUAGAUCAUAUACUAUUGGAUAGUUAUUUAGCUGAAGAAUGGGUAAUUGCAUGUGACCAGAUGGAGCCGAAAAAAAACUCUCGCCGCUGCUAGCGGAAGAAAAAUCGCAAGAACCAGUGCUAGGACGUCUUAGAAACAUGGACCUUGUCUGGCGUUAGUAUGGGUCUGGGACUGAUCUGGAAGUGUCUAGAUGUUCCGUGGACUGGGCCUGAACUGCAGGCCAAGGAAUAGGUCUGGAGCGGGUCUGGGCUGCGUUGAGGCCGGUGCUUGGGCUCUCUGGUCUUCACUGGGUCGGGGGUGGGGUGCGGGGGUCUGUUUUGAAGUGGGUCGGGGUCUGAGUUUGGCCCUGGACUCUGGUCUGUAUCGGCUCGGACCCGGAAGUGUCAGCGAUGAGCUGUAUGUCCGCGCUCCGGCGAGUCAGCGGGGCAAAACAGAGUCAGUUCUCCGCAGCUGUUCGGCCAGUCGCCCCGCGGUCCGUCGGGGGAGGGGAAGGAUGGGGGCGGGGGCGUCGGGCCUUUGUUUGGCCGCGGCGCGGAUGCUUCCAAUCACUGGCGGCCGGCGGUGCAGUGCCGGGGUGACUCAGUUCGCGCCGGGUCAAGGGUCAGCGCGACUGCGCGCCGCCGCCACUGCCGGGCCGCUGCUCGUGACCAGAAGGGACAAAGCGCUGCCCGCGGGCGUGCAGCAGCACCGACAUACAACACCGGCAAAAACCGCGGCCCGAUUACCGCGGACCGCGGCGCCCUGCGCCCGGAGAUCGGCCGCACUUUACGUGGGCGCCAGGG